CCGGUUAUGAAAAACACAUACAUCCCGCCGGGAAACAGGCUCACGGAGAGCGCCCGUAAGUCAACUGGCGGGCCUCGGAACCGAUGAUGUGACGGGUAAACUCGAACGGCCAAUCUCAAUCUCUGAGAUCAAUGAAGUCGAGGGCAUGACUAGCAGUAGUUUGGAAGAGUUGGAAGCAAUCUCGGUCUUGCCUCGUCGUGAGAAUGAACACAGGAUGAUUAUGGCCGCUCAGCGGUCUACCCCGGGGAUCACGCCGCUAUUAAGUGCACGCGGUGGCCAUUCCCGCCCAGGAUACGCUUCAUCAGACUUAAGCGGCUUUGAGGGCUGUCCCGGCAGCAAUACCAUCUCACAAGACCGUACAGCUGGGGAGAAAGCCCGCAAAUCCGCCUUGCUCGCAGACCUCGGGAAGAAGAGGCAGGCAAUCCUACUCAAGGCCGAAGGUGUGCCGCUCAGAUCACUGGGUCAAGCCCCAGAAAAGCCGUUCGCUUGCGAUCAAUGCGAUAACAAGUUCGAUGAGUUACACAAGUUGAAUCACCACAAGCGUUAUCACGAACGGCCCCAUAAGUGCCCCCAACCUGGCUGCAACCAUACUUUCGGUACCAAGACACACUUGGACCGCCACUUCAAUGACAAGCAUCACAAGGUGCGCAAGUUCUACUGCACCGAGCGGGACUGUCCGUACUCGGUGCAGGGCGGGAAGUCCUUCUCUCGGAAGGACAUUUGGCGGCAGCACAUACUGGACGAGCAUCAGGUAGCUCCUAAGACUAGGAAGGACGCUGCUGCAGAAAAUAACAACGAGGCCAUGUGGGAAGAGUUACCACAUUCUAUAGACCAGCGCUCCGAAUACCGGCAACAAUACACUAAUUCCAACCCUCCGGAGAGACUGGGCGAACCGCCUGCCGCGCCCCCCAAGGGUGGGAUCCCGGUGGACUAUCAGUCUGGCAUUUCCGGCGAUCAGCGGUUUACCCUCUACUACGACGAGUACGAGUCCGAGGACGACCUUGUACACUAUGUCUGCCCAUUUUGUCCAGCCCCGGGGCCCAAGUGUUCCCGUCCAGAUAACCUCGAAAGGCAUGUCCGUAAACACCACGCGGAUAAGGAAAAAGACCACCCCCUCUUACGGCAAGCUCUCUCUACACAAAGUUCUCGCCCAAAGACUGUCCGUUACAAAGUCAAUGGCGAUAAAACGUCCAAGGAGUUCCUAGAGUACUUAUAUGGCGAUUCACCGAACUCAGCUACACGGUAUAUGGCCACCAAACAGCUUCCAAACCCCGCCGAAGCGCUUGAACCUCAUUCCACAUCAAAACCAUAUGCUGGGGCUCUUCCCAGGGUGAAGGAGGCCAAGGCAUACGGCCCGGACGAUAUCUCGUACACGCACUAUUAGUCUGCAUUGUACUACACCAAAGGUGGCAAUGACGGGUAUCCUAGUCUCGGGUUCUCAGUCAUGCGUGUGAGGCGUCCAAGCACAAGUCUUAACACCCAUGGUG